GGUGUUUGGUGGCUAUCUCAAGUGGGCUGUGCAGUCUGCUUGAGUGUUCUGGCGGAUACGGUUCUCUAUCCUUGUGUUUCUCGUUGAGGCUAAGACUGUAUGGCCGACAUGGAUACAUCAAUUGCCCUUCAGCCUAUUACGCAGGAAGCUGUUGAUCUGGAGAACAUCCCUGUAGAGGAAGUUUUUGAACACUUGAAAUGUACAGAAGAGGGUCUAAGUUCUGUCGAGGUGCAAAAGCGUCUGGAGGUUUUUGGUUACAACAAACUUCAGGAGAAAAAGGAAAGUAAAAUACUCAAAUUUUUGGGGUUUAUGUGGAACCCUUUGUCGUGGGUUAUGGAAGCAGCUGCACUGAUGUCAAUAACUCUCGCAUAUGGAGGCGGAAAGAAAAGAGAUGUUGAGGAUUUCUGCGGAAUCCUUGCGCUACUUAUUAUCAAUUCAACAAUAAGCUUUUUUGAGGAAAACAAUGCUGGAAAUGCAGCCGCAGCUCUUAUGGCACGGCUUGCUCCAAAAGCCAAGGUUUUACGUGAUGGGAAAUGGAAUGAGGAAGAUGCAUCUGUGCUGGUUCCUGGAGAUAUUAUCAGUAUCAAAUUAGGAGAUAUAAUUCCUGCCGAUGCUCGCCUGCUUCAAGGAGAUCCUUUGAAAAUCGACCAGUCUGCUCUUACAGGCGAGUCUCUCCCAGUAACUAAGCAUGCAGGUGCUGGAGUUUACUCUGGCUCAACAUGUAAACAAGGUGAAAUUGAAGCGGUUGUCAUUGCAACUGGAGUACAUACCUUCUUUGGAAAAGCUGCUCAUCUUGUGGAAAACACAACACAUGUUGGGCACUUUCAGAAGGUCUUAACAGCCAUUGGAAACUUUUGCAUCUGCUCAAUUGCUAUAGGAAUUGUGAUUGAACUAAUUGUCCUAGUUCGUCAAGGAAGAAAUUAUCGUACUAAAAUAGAUAACCUUCUUGUCCUACUUAUUGGUGGCAUCCCAAUUGCUAUGCCAACCGUUCUCUCUGUCACCAUGGCCAUUGGCUCUCAUCGUUUGUCUCAGCAGGGUGCAAUCACUAAGAGAAUGACAGCCAUUGAAGAAAUGGCUGGGAUGGAUGUGCUCUGCAGUGAUAAAACAGGAACUUUAACUCUCAACAAGUUAACAGUGGACAAGAAUUUGAUAGAGGUUUUUGCUAAAGGUGUUGAAAAAGACACGGUUGUGUUGAUGGCUGCAAGAGCUUCAAGGUUGGAAAAUCAAGAUGCCAUUGAUGCAGCAAUUGUUUCCAUGCUUGCUGAUUCUAAGGAGGCACGAGCCGGAAUUACAGAAGUUCACUUCCUUCCUUUCAAUCCAACUGAUAAGAGGACAGCACUUACUUACCUUGACAAAGCUGGUAAAAUGCACAGAGUGAGCAAAGGUGCACCAGAGCAGAUACUCAAUUUGGCGGGGAACAAAUCAGAUAUUGAAAAGAGAGUACACACAGUAAUUGACAAAUUUGCAGAACGUGGUCUUCGAUCUCUUGCUGUUGCACGACAGGAAGUACCUGCUGGAACAAAAGACAGUCCUGGUGGACCUUGGGAGUUUAUUGGUCUUCUCCCUUUGUUUGAUCCACCACGUCACGACAGUGCUGAAACUAUUAGAAGAGCUCUAGAUCUUGGUGUGAGUGUAAAGAUGAUUACAGGCGAUCAACUUGCAAUUGCUAAAGAGACAGGUAGACGACUUGGGAUGGGCUCAAACAUGUAUCCAUCAUCUUCAUUGCUUGGCGAAAAUAAGAAUGGCUUAGAUGCAAGUCUACAAAUUGAUGAACUCAUUGAGAAUGCUGAUGGUUUUGCUGGUGUCUUUCCAGAGCAUAAAUAUGAGAUCGUUCAGCGAUUACAAGUUAAGAAGCACAUAGUUGGAAUGACCGGUGAUGGAGUUAAUGAUGCACCUGCCUUGAAGAAAGCAGACAUAGGUAUUGCUGUGGCAGACGCCACAGAUGCUGCUCGUAGUGCGUCUGAUAUAGUACUGACAGAACCUGGAUUGAGUGUUAUUAUUAGUGCUGUUCUGACAAGCCGUGCAAUUUUUCAAAGAAUGAAGAACUACACAAUAUACGCAGUGUCUAUAACCAUACGUAUUGUGCUCGGUUUCUUGUUGCUAACUGCAUUCUGGAAAUUUGAUUUCCCUCCUUUUAUGGUUCUCAUCAUAGCCAUUCUUAAUGAUGGUACCAUUAUGACAAUAUCCAAAGACAAGGUUAAGCCAUCUCCAGUCCCUGACAGUUGGAAGCUCAGUGAAAUAUUUGCAACUGGGAUUGUCUUGGGGAGUUACCUUGCCGUGACCACAGCUAUAUUUUUCUAUCUCAUUUACGAAACCCACUUCUUCCCGAGAAAAUUCCAUCUCGACCUGGACUUCAAGCACCUCGUUGAUCUUAAUGAUUCGAGUUAUACAAAGACACUGAAUGGCCAGCUAGCAUCUGUUGUGUACCUUCAAGUUAGCACCAUCAGUCAGGCUCUAAUUUUUGUAACUCGCUCAAGAGGUUGGUCAUUCAUGGAAAGACCUGGUCUUCUUCUUGUUGGUGCUUUCAUAAUUGCUCAAAUGGUUGCAACACUAAUAACUGCCAAGGCAUCAUGGGGUUGGGCUCAAAUUCAUAGUGUUGGCUGGGGUUGGACUGGAGCUGUUUGGGUGUACAACAUUAUAAUCUAUAUGCUUCUUGACCCUAUCAAGUUUUUCGUGCGAUAUGCACUCAGUGGGAGGGCCUGGAGUUUGGUACUGAACAAAAGGACGGCUUUCACCACCCAAAAGGACUUUGGUAGGGAAGCUCGUGAGGCUGCAUGGGCAACAGAACAGCGCACCCUUCAUGGCCUCCCAACUAUUGACACAAAUAUCUUCCAUGAGAGGCACACAUUCAGGGACGUUAGCAUGAUGGCAGAAGAAGCCCGACGACGCGCAGAGAUUGCAAGACUAAGGGAGCUUCACACUCUCAAAGGAAAGGUGGAGUCCUAUGCAAAGUUAAGGGGUUUGGACAUUGAAGUGAACCCACAUUACACAGUCUAA